CCUUGCCCUUCCCCGCCCAGCCCAGCCAGACCAGAUCUCUCUGGAGAAGGAGCCCUCUCUCCUGGCAGCUGGAUCCAAGGAGCCACCUUUGACACCAGCCCAUCCUGACCAUGGUUCCUGCCUGGCUUUGGCUGCUUUGCUUCUUUAUCCCCCAGGUUUUCCCUGAGGCCCAGACUGCAGAACUGUCUGUAGAAGUCCCUGAGAACUAUGGUGGAAAUUUCCCUUUGUACCUGACCAAGUUGCCACUGCCCCAUGAGAAGACUGAAGGCAUAAUAGUGUUGUCAGGGGACUCAGGCAUGGCAGCUGAGGGUCCCUUUGCUGUGGAUCCAGACUCUGGCUUCCUGGUGGUUACCAGGGCCUUGGACCAGGAAGAACAGGCAGAGUACAAGCUACAGGUUACCCUGCAGACCGGAGAUGGAUAUGUCUUGUGGGGUCCACAGACUGUGAUUGUGCAUGUGAAGGAUGAGAAUGAUCAGGUGCCCCAGUUUUCCCAGACCAUUUACAGAGCUCAGCUCAGCCAGGGCACCAGGCCUGGUAUCCCCUUCUUCUUCCUUGAGGCUUCAGAUGGAGAUGCUCCAGGCACAGCCAACUCAGAUCUUCGAUUCCACAUCCUGAGCCAGACCCCAGCCCAGCCUUCAUCAGCCAUGUUCCAGCUGGAGCCUCAGCUGGGAGCUCUGGCCCUCAGCUCCGAGGGGAGCACCAACCUAGACCACGCCCUCGAGGGGCCCUAUCAACUAUUGGUACAGGUCAAGGACAUGGGUGACCAGGCCACAGGCCACCAGGCCACAGCCACCAUAGAGGUCUCCAUCGUACAGAGUACCUGGGUCCCCCUAGAGUCUAUCCACCUGGCAGAGAAUCUCAAAGUCCCAUACCCACACCUCAUUGCUCAGGUACAUUGGAGUGGGGGGAACGUGCACUAUCACCUGGAGAGCCAGCCUCCUGGGCCCUUUGAUGUGGAUGCAGAUGGGAAACUCUAUGUGACCCUGGAGCUGGACCGAGAGGCCCAGGCUGAGUACCUACUCCAGGUGUGGGCUCAGAAUUCCCAUGGUGAGGACUACGCAGAAGCCCUGGAGUUUCAUGUGGUGGUGAUGGAUGAGAAUGACAAUGCACCUGUCUGCCCACCACAUGGUCCCUCAAUCAGCAUCCCUGAGCUCAGCCCCCCAGGCACUGUAGUGACUCAGUUGUUGGCAGAGGAUGCAGAUGCCCCUGGAUCUCCCAAUUCUCGCAUUGUGUAUCAGCUUCUGAGCCCUGAGCCUGAGGAGGGGGCUACAGGGAGAGCCUUUGACCUGAACCCCGCCUCAGGCAGUGUGACUCUGGGCACUGUCCCCCUCCAAGCUGGCCAGGACAUCCUCCUUCAGGUGCUGGCUAUUGACCUAGCAGGAGCAGAGGAAGGCCUCAGCAGCAUGUGUGAGGUCGCAAUCAUGAUCACAGACAUCAAUGACCAUGCCCCUGAAUUCACCACCUCCCAAAUUGAUCCUGUAAGCCUCCCCGAGGAUGUAGAGCCUGGUACUCUGGUGGCCACACUCAUGGCCACUGAUGCUGACCUGGAACCUGCCUUUCGCCUCAUGGAGUUUGCCAUUGAAGCAGGGGAUAAGGAAGGGAUCUUUGGCCUGGAUUGGGAGCCAGACUCUGGUCACGUCCAACUCAAAGUCUGCAAGAACCUCAGCUAUGAGGCAGUUCCCUACCACAAGGUGGUGGUGGUAGUGCGAAAUGUGGAGGAACUGGUGGGCCCGGGCCCAGGCCCUGAAGCCACAGCCACAGUGACUGUGCUGGUGGAGAGGGUGAUGCCACCCCCUAAGUUGGACCAGGAACGCUAUGAAGCCAGUGUCCCAAUCAGCACACCAGCCGGCUCCCUCCUGCUGACCAUCCAGCCCUCAGAUCCCAUGAACAGAACCCUCAGGUUCUCCUUGGUCAAUGAUUCAGAAGGCUGGUUCUGCAUCAAGGAGGUCUCUGGGGAAGUACACACAGCUCAAUCCCUGCAGGGUGCCCAGCCUGGGGUCACAUACACAGUGCUUGUGGAAGCCCAGGAUGCAGAUGAGCCAAGACUGAGCACCUCUGCUGCUCUGGUGGUCCACUUCCUGAAGCCCCCUCCUGCCCCAGUUCUGACUUUGGUACCCAUGCCUGCCCGAUACCUCUGCACGCCCCGCCAGGACUAUGGUGUGGUUGUCAAUGGACUCAGUGAGGAUCCCGACCUAGCCAGUGUGCCUGGUCCCUAUAGCUUUGCCCUUGGCCCCAACCCUACAGUGCGACGGGAUUGGCGCCUCCAGCCUCUCAAUGGUUCCCAUGCUUACCUCACCCUGGCCCUGCAUUGGGUAGAACCAGGUGAACAUGAAGUCCCUGUGGUCGUCAGCCACAAUGCUCAUACAUGGCAGCUCCUGGUCCAAGUGAUUGUGUGUCGCUGCAAUGUGGAGGGGCAGUGCAUGCGCAAGGUGGGCCGCAUGAAGGGAAUGCCCACGAAGCUGGUGGCCAUGGGCACCCUCCUGGGCACCCUGGCAGCAAUAGGCUUCUUCCUCAUUCUCAUCUUCACGCACUUGGCCCUGGCAAGGAAGAAGGACCUGGAUCAGCCAGCAGACAGUAUGCCCCUGAAGGUGGCCAUCUGAGUGAUCCAGACAGCCCCAGCUGGGAGGUUGAACCUGGCUCCAACUGAACUUUCCACUAGGAAAGAUCCAGUACCCAAGAUCCAGUGGGAGCAGGACAGUAUAAACCUCUCCACCUUCCUGGGGUGGAGGCACUAUCACCAGACAAGUCCCCAGAGGGAAAAUGACAUUCUGAACUGCCCAUGAGAGUACUAUAAAUGGCAGCUUAUUGUCCAAUAAUAAAGCCUUAGAGAUCUGGGCCUGGCCCUAAACCAUUGCUGUGCCCAUAUCUGAGUGUUCAUGUUCAUGUGCACAUGCAUGUGUGUGAAUGCACACACAUGUCCUUUGCGCCCUCCCUAUCUCCUGCUCCACAGAAUGGGUCUGGGUACUUGAGGAAACGAUGGGUUCCCUGUAAGAGAAAAUACAGAACAUCAUAUGGGGUGCCAGUGAGAUCUUGGGGCCAAAGCAAAGUGGGUCAUUUCCUUGGGUGUCCAGUGCCCACCAGCCAC